AUGUCGGGUUGCGGCACUCAACAACAGGUCAUUCGGACCCAACGCUGGCGGAGCAUGGCAAGUAAGAGCGCCAGCCACUACUCCUCCAGAGGCCCAGGCGGGCAGUCGGACAGGCGGACAGGCGGAGAAUCAGCCAGAGCGCGCCGGCCAGCAUGCACGUCUGGUCAUGCUCGAGGCCGUGAGAACGAGUGCCACCUAUCUGGAUGUCGAGCACUCGACAACGGACCGACUGGGACGCGGGGGGAUGCGUGUGAUAGGAUACCAGCGUCGUGGUUGGGAGCUUGGGGCCGGGUGAUUGGUGAUGGGAGCAGGUUACAGCAGGUUACGGGGCAGGCGGCGCGAGGCAACCCCACACUUUGUCAAGUUCUCGCAUCAUUGAACAUGGCUGGUGAGAAGGUACUGCAGACAGACGCACGCCGCUCAAAGCCCCGCGACUGUCAGAAUCGGUUCAAUCCAGCUGGGGGAUGCAAGGACCAGGGUGACACGGGGCGUCUUUCCACAGAUGGUGUGCCUUGCCGCGCCGCGCCCUCGAAGGGACCUGGGGAGCACGUUGCCUGCAGGAGUUGGCCGCAUUCCCUCCUGGUGCAACCGAUGGUGGCGAGAUCAGCCAGCCAGACUUGCCCAACGGCAUGGCAGACCCGAAGCGACAAGACAAGCAGUCAUGUGCGAAGGAGGAUGGAAAGAUCGUGGUGGUGGAGGAACACGACGACGAGGGAGGCGCCGAUAAUUCCCACCAAGCAACGAUCGCCUCGUACGCCUCUUGUCCUGGACUUGCUGUACCUCCUCACGAGAGCCCAACAACAUCGACGUGGAUAUGUACCUCCGGCCCGAGGCUGGUCCUGCCCUGAACUAUCGGACUUUCUGGAGCAUCUCCGGCUGCGUUUGGGUUUCUCCUCGUCUGGCCCUGUGGCUGUUGAGCCUAGCCGCAUCUACGAUCGACCUAACCCAGGCUGCGGGUUUACUGACCCAUCAGUCUGGUAG